AUGGACCGUUUUUCUGGUCUUCCUGAGCCUCCUCGAUCAGAGCCCAUCUUCCCUCCCUCAUCCCAAGAAAUACCCUCCUCCCCACCUUCUGUCGCAUCUGAAGCUGGCGGUGGGCGACGACCCCGAAAGCCACCAACCGUCACCCCUCGGUCCUUCCGCCGCUUUUUCACGCCACGAUCUCUGCUGGACAGUGGAAACAAUGGGAGUAGUGUCAAGACAAGUCGCCAGGCUCUCCGGGCCUUGACCUCACCAGCCGUCAACCGCCUCAGUCCCGCCUUUACGAGAACGUCCAAGGCGGGCAGCGCAAGAAAUCCUUAUGAUGGCUUGCCCGAGGAUUUCAUUCGCACCCCGAGCAGGAAAAGGAAGCAUUCGUUCUCGUCGGCAGUGUCUCCGCUGCAGUCGUCGCCAUUGAAAAAAGUUCGUGUGCGGUCCCCGGUGGAUGACGAAGUGGAUCAGAAAGCGACUAUCCGCGAUAUUGAUGUGGCCAACCUGGGUCCGAGAGGACGUUGUGGCGCAACAGCAAUAACACCCUCGAGUCUUCCCAAGCGCCGACCAGUCUCGCCAGUCAGCCGAUCACGAUCAUUGCAAACUUCCGGAUCCUUGUUCAUGCGAACAUUACAGGGCUCGCGUGCCAAUCGCUUAACUAUCAGAUCCACUGCUGGAGCUGGCUGGCAAGAUCUUACCUCUGAGUUCCAUUCACGACCGGAAGACCGUCACUCGUGUGCCAGCUAUGCCAAUGAAGGAUCAUUGGCACUACCGUUUUGCAAUGUUUCGUGCAACACCAAUUCCUUGGUGGCAGUUGGAGACGAAGAGGGUGGAAUUCGAUUGCUAGACUCCUCCAAGGACGAUGACAGAGGGUUUUCGAGUGCUUACCUGGGGUUUCGUCCACACAUGAACUCGAUCAUGGAUCUCGAGUUCUCAUCCGAUGACAUGCUUCUAGCGACGGCAUCGGGCGAUCAGACUUCUUUGAUCAUCGACAUGACUACUCAACGCCCUAUUCAUUGCUUGUCAAAUCAUGUAUCCUCCGUUAAGCGAGUUCAGUUCCAGCCUGCUGCCAACAACAAAGUCCUGGCAACAUGUAGUCGAGAUGGUAACGUUAAUAUUUGGGAUCUACGGUGCAAAGGAUUUGAGCGUCCUUCGUUGCAAGUCAGAUGCUCGCUCGAGUCUGACAUAGAUCCUUCUACCACCGCGGCACCCCCAAAGAUGACCUAUCCUCAAGUUCUCAACACAAUCCACGGCGCUCAUGCAUAUACCACCCCUCAAAAACCUGCCCUGGACAAGACCGAACCUCCUCCCUUCGGGCGUUCCGAUAUCACCGUUACUACGCUAGCCUUCCUUCCUCCUGGUCAGGAAAAUUUGUUCGUUACAGCAUCCGAGGCGAGCGCGAGUGUUCGGCUGUGGGAUUUGCGGACUGCUCACAACAACCGCCGUGGUCGGCCUGUUCUUCCUUUAUCAACAACACGCGAACCCGAUAGCCAUAUCAAGUAUCGACGCUUUGGCUUGACGUCCAUGGCCUUCGGUGGUGAUGGCUCAAGACUCUAUACCCUUUGCCGAGACGGUACUGUGUACGCCUACUCGACGUCUCAUCUAGUGCUUGGGCAUGCACCUGAGCUUUCUCUCAAUCAUGUCCGCCCACGACGCUCCGGUGGCUCUGAUAAAGAGGGGCUGGGGCCCUUGUACGGCUUCCGUCACCCUCGACUUCAGGUCUCUUCCUUUUAUGUCAAACUCGCCAUGCGUAAGGCAUCCAAUGAUCGUGCAGAGAUGUUGGCCGUUGGCAGCAGUGACCACUGUCCCAUUCUUUUCCCGACAGAUGAGCGCUUCCUACAAUCUCCCAUGAAGACUUCAGCCGAUGAUCUCCCCACCCGAACUUCCCUCUUCACUACCCGUUCAGGACUUCGCCGCACGAACUCUGGGGUUGGCUUGUCUGGUCGUCUUGAAGAUACCAUCCCAAUUUAUCAGUCCGGAACGCCUCUGGUUGAAGGACACCAGAAGGAAGUCACAGGGGUUUCAUGGACUGUUGAUGGAGAGCUCAUCAGCGUCAGUGAUGAUUACAGUGCCCGGUGCUGGCGCGAAGGACCCGAAGCUCGUGAGCUUCGAAGCAGCAGCAAUGUCGAGGGUCGUGGCUGGCAGUGCGGCUGGGCUGCUACGAAAGAUUCAUAUGACGAUGAAGAUGAAUGA